AUGCCCCUCCCCCAUGGAUCUUCGGCGGCGCCCGCCCGCCUGAGCCCGGUGCCGCAGGAUGAGCUCCAUGACCUCCUCUGCGUCGGGUUUGGCCCGGCCUCUCUCGCGAUCGCAAUCGCCCUGAACGAUACCAUCGAUCCGUGCCUGAAUAAAUCUGCCCCCGCUGGCUGGCAACCCAAGGUCUGCUUCCUCGAGCGACAGAAGCAAUUUGCCUGGCACUCGGGUAUGCUGGUGCCAGGCUCCCGGAUGCAGAUCUCGUUCAUCAAGGACCUGGCGACCAUGCGCGACCCGCGCAGCAGCUUCACCUUUUUGAACUACCUCCACCAGAAUGACCGUCUGAUCCAUUUCACCAACCUUAGCACCUUCCUCCCCAGUCGCAUGGAGUUUGAGGAUUACAUGCGGUGGUGUGCGCAGCGCUUUAACGAUGUGGUGAACUAUGGAGAGGAGGUCGUUGAGGUGGUCCCCGGGAAGACUGACGUUAAUGGCUCCCUCGUCGACUCGUUCACGGUCAAGUCCCGCAAUACCGAGACUGGUGAAAUCAGCUCGAGGACGGCUCGCAAAGUGGUCGUUGCUCUCGGUGGCAGGGCGAAGCUUCCCCCGGGCCUUCCUCAAGACUCGCGGAUCUUACAUUCCUCCCAGUACUGCACUGGCCUGCCGGGCGUGCUGAAGGAUGCUCGGGAACCUUACAGCAUUGCGGUCCUUGGAAGCGGACAGAGCGCCGCGGAGAUCUUCCACGACGUCCAGAAGCAAUACCCCAAUGCGAAGACGACCUUGAUUAUGAGAGACACGGCCAUGCGGCCCAGUGACGAUUCACCAUUUGUCAACGAGGUCUUCAACCCCGAACGAGUGGAGAAGUUCUUCAACCUCUCCCCCGCCGAACGCCAACGCUCGCUCCUCGCCGACAAGGCAACCAACUACAGCGUCGUCCGCCUCGAGCUCAUCGAAGAGAUCUACAACGACAUGUACCUCCAGCGCAUCAAGAACCCCGACGAAACCCAAUGGCAGCACCGCAUCCUCCCCUCCCGCAAGAUCACGCGCGUCGAAACCAACGGACCGAACAACCGCAUGCGUGUCCACGUCAAGGCCGUGAAGGACGGAUCGGAGAGCAUUGUCGGAGACGGCAAGGAAACCGUCGAGGUUGACGCAUUGAUGGUCGCCACGGGCUACUACCGCAACGCGCACGAGCAGCUGCUGCGCAGUGUGCAGCACCUGCGCCCUGCGAACCAGGAGCAGUGGACCCCUGCCAGAGAUUACCGCGUCGAGAUGGACUCCAGCAAGGUCAGCCCCGACUCCGGGAUCUGGCUGCAGGGCUGUAAUGAGAAGACCCACGGACUGAGUGACAGCCUGCUGUCUGUGUUGGCGGCGCGCGGUGGAGAAAUGGUGGAAUCCCUCUUUGGAAGCCAGCUCGGUGCGACGGUGCAGGACACCACUAGAGUUCGCGCUAUGCUAUAA